CAAUCAAUUAAUUGAUCGCAUCAAUUGCCGAAAACAUGAAUUUCUUUAAGAAAAAUCUGUUGUCAAUUCUAUUUGUCUUCAGCAUCACAUUUUUCUACCCGAACGGCGUCGACGCGCAAUCCUCAAGCAAGAGCGAUGACGUCGAUCCAAAAAAGAUUCUCGAAAAAUGGGUGUCGACUGCAAGAGAACAAUACAAUGGCCUUCCGGAUCAAGGAAAAUUUGCCACGGGUGCGGUAGUGGGAUUUACGACGUCUAAGGUUGUAGUCAACUCUGCUGUAAAAUUUGUCAAGGUUGCCGGUGCAGCAUUUGUUGCAACCGAAGUUCUCGAAGCUGUAGGAGUCCUCGAUAGGAACACAGCCGAGGAAUCAGAAUCAACAGAAAACUUGAAACGAAAGGCAAUCAGCAAAAUUGGAGAGAUUCGCACGUCCAUUCGAAGGCGAUUAGACGGCAAGAAUAUCAAGCGAUGGAUGGAAACAGAUAGAAUGGGCUCCCUCGGUGCCGCUGCGGGGGCAUUUGUUGGAUUUCUUUUAUAGAAACGAAUUAUGUCGAAUUUUAAACUACAGCCUCGUCUCUGAAGAAUUUGCACGGCGGGGAUAAAUUACUGAAAUUACU